GAAUUUGUCUGGUUAAGAUUCAUGGCGCCUUCACCAAAGAAGAAUCAAACUUUAUAACGUCUUCUUCACGUCCGGAAAAAUUCCUUUUCUUCACUCCAUUAAAUUUAAUUCUCCAUUUUCCACUUGAUGAAUCUUUGACUGCAAGUCCCCAACUGCUCCCAUUCUCUUGGAUACCCACUAUAAGUUUCUCCAUAAACUCUAGUGGGUACCUCUUCUUUCCCCUAAUUUCAUCUCUAAAAUCAAGCAAGACUGCUAUCUGUAGCCAGGCAAACCCUAAUUUUAAAAGGUUUAGAUAGUUUCGUGCUCAAGGAAUUAAUAAUGGUGGGGGCUUUGUCCGUUGUUGGUUCAACGGUUAUGGAGUCGCAUACUGGCCCGUGUUUGUGCCUGGAUGCGCUUCCAACGACUAAUAUGAACCUGAAAAGUGGCGGCGGGGAUUUGGUUUUGCAGAGGAAUUCAAUAAAGAGUAAGCACAUGGCGAGGUCAACGAGGUUGGUGGAGCUGAGCAGUUGCUUUUCACGGCAUGAUUGGAGGGUUUCAUCGAGGGUUUCUUCUAGGAAGCAUCGGAGAGAUAGGAGAUUGGUGGUUGUCAGUGAGCUUGGAGGGCAGUAUGAAGACACUUUUGAGGAUGUUAAAUUGCAAAUACAAAACUAUUUCACAUACAAAGCGGUGAGGACAGUUCUUAACCAGCUUUAUGAAAUGAAUCCACCCCAGUAUAGGUGGUUCUACAAUUUUGUUGCAAUGAAUAAACCUGGAGAUGGCAAACGCUUCAUACGCACUCUUGGCAAGGAGCAGCAGGACCUUGCUGAAAGAGUGAUGGUAACGCGUCUCCACUUGUAUGGUAAAUGGAUUAAGAAAUGUGAUCAUGCGCAAAUAUAUAAAGAAAUAUCUGAUGAGAACUUGCAGCUGAUGCGGGAGCGGCUCAUGGAGACAGUGAUAUGGCCGUCUGAUGACACCAAUACAGAGAAAAUUGGCUGAGGGGUGGCUCUGACUUUGUUCUGCUAAUCUUGGCCUUCUUUUCAUUUCCUAUGUUGUUCACAUAUUCUAGAGUAGGGUAUAUCUAUAGCCUAGAAUAUGAUCCACUUUGGAUGGAGAGAAGACAAUAGUUCAAUUUUAUAAUUUUAUACUUUACAUUGUACAUAUGAAUAUCAUAUGUGGUUUUGGUUGUAGGUUCUUCAGUUCUGAAAUUGGACAUUCUCACUUUCUUUAGGUGAAUCUAUUAUAAUGCAGUUGACAUAGCGGUCAUCUUUAUGAAAA